CCUUUGAUUAAUGAAAAAGAUGUUUGAUGGAAACAGAAGAACGGGAAAGAAGUGGCUGAAGAAGAAGAAGAAGUAGCAGUCGAUGAACGAGGACGAGGAAGAAGAAGGAGCCUAAUUGCGACUGGUCUGAAUAGUCCCUCGUGUCGCUCAUUUUUCGAAACCACCUAAACAAUGGCAGUGUCAGUGCCUCGACCCCGUGGUCCACCUUCGGCAGCCCCUAAGCCAGCAGUGCCUGGUCCACGUGCACAGCAAGCUUCAUCCGCACAGCCGCCAGCUGCUAAACCCACAAAUCCUCCACAGCAAGCUCCGCCGAAAGCAGCAAGCCCCGGUAAAGAGGGCUUCCGCGAUGUAUUUGUAGCUCCUCCACCAAAAAAGCUACCCGUCUUCGGCGAAGAUCCCGUUGUUCUGACCUGCCCACAGUGCUUCCGCAGAGGCAGGACCAAUGUCGAAAGAGAAGUGGGACGGUUCGCCAAGCUGGUGGCGUUCCUCCUCUUUAUCAGCAUCAUAGGGAUCCCGUUCUGCUGGAUUCCGUUUUACUCAAACUACUUCAUGGACCUGUAUCACGUAUGUCCAAAUUGCAGCGGAAUUUUGUACGAACGCUGCGUCAUAAAGCCGCCACCACCACCUACUGUAAAGGAAGCCAUGGCCAACUGGGCCUAUUGACGAAUGCACAAGUACACGUCUCCAAGGAACGGCUAGGGCUGCAAGUGAAAUGCGUCAUCUUCCAGAAGGCCAAGGUUGUUCUUAAAUUUCAUUGAUGUCAAGAGUAUUCGGAAUUUGAACGCAAGACCUGUUAGACAACUAAUAAACCGUACACUUGAAUCCCUGUC